AGAAAAAUCGCAUUUCAGAAAACUCAAAUAGAACUAGACGCUUUCUCUUUACAUUCUCGACGACCAUUGGUCGAUGCUGGUGACGUCACCAGUUGCUACCAUUUUCUAGCGCCUGCCGCUUCUUGUUGAACCAAUCGUUUUUUCGCCUUUCGGAUUGCUCCGCCUCCACACUCUGUGACGCUGCCGAGGCUACUUAAAGUUGCGGUCGGGUCGACGGCGCCAUUCCAGCCUUUGUCGUCAGGUAUAUCUACCCGUGUUCUACUUGGCUUCAGCGUCGCACCAAACAUUUGGACAGUAGUUAAAGUUAAUAUCAAAAGAUCAAGAACCUUCAAGUUUGGAAGCUAUAGAAGAGCAAAAAACAAGGGAGCCUCGUCACACACCUUCUACACCACCUAUUCCCUUCCCCCUCCUUUUUUUUUUUUUUAUCCCACCAAUUUAUACCAAUCAAUCUUAUCUGCCCUCAAAUAAGGAGACUCUGGACUUAAUUGUACCAGUCUAAUAUACAGGAGUUCAAUGUUCAAUAUAUUCUCUUUAAUUUGAAUAUCUAUUAUGUAAUUUAAAAAGGGCACAGUUUUUAGGUAGUGGCACCUAGCCAGCCACACAAAACGUAGAUUUUUUUGAUAAAAUGCCAACCACAGCCUUUGUGUGGGUGUAAGCCUAAGGCAUUUUUUUUUUUAGAGGAUAUAUUCCCAAACCCCUAUCCCCAGCUUUUUUUCUUUCUUUUUUUAGCCCUCAUCCAACCUACGAAUCGGUGAAGGAGAAUUUUGGAUAAACCCUGAAAUCAUGGGGUCAGGACCUAUUGACCCGCUAGAACUUUUGAAGGGGCUGGAUAAUAUACUCGGCCAAGGUGGUGAAGUUAAAGCACUUGAAGGGAUGGCCAAGAUCUUCAACCUUAUGAAACAGUCUCAAAAGAUGGUUAACCGUUGCAUUUACUUGAACAUUGUUCUACAGACACAUUCCCCAGAUAUUCUGUCCAAGUUUAUUCGUGUUGGAGGGUAUAAGUUACUGAAUAACUGGUUGACUUAUGCGAGGACUUGUAAUAACAGCCCACUCUUGCACCAGAUACUCCUCACACUGCAGCAUCUGCCUUUAACUGUUGAUCAUCUAAAACAGAAUAACACUGCAAAACUUGUAAAACAACUCAGCAAAUCAAGUGAGGAUGAAGAACUUAGAAAACUAGCUGGAAUUUUGGUCAAUGACUGGAUGGCAGUUAUCAGGUCCCAGACCAACAUACAGCCUGCAGAUAAAGAGAAGAAAAAGAAAAAAGAAGAUGCCAAAGGAUCUAGCCCAGUCCUUGACAAGACCUCUGAAGCCAAAUCAGACGAUAAUGGCGAUAAAAAGGAAAAGCCCAAAAUUCAGCGUACAACAGCUCCAAGUCAUGCAAAAUUUAGAUCCACUGGUCUUGAAGUAGAAGCUUCUUCGCUUGUUCCAGUUAAGAAACCUACACCUGUUCCAGUCUUGUCUGACAAGUAUUUGAAACCAGUUCCUGUUAAGAGGCAGAGUUCAGUUUCAGUACCUAGUGAUGCUGCUCCAGCAGAGAAAAAAUACAAACCUUUGAACAUAGUUCCUAACACUACUAAAGAAAUUAAGGUCAAGAUAAUUCCUCCACAACCCAUUGAAAGUUUGGGCUUUUUAGAUGCACUGAAUUCAGCCCCUGUUCCUGGAAUAAAAAUCAAGAAGAAAAAGAAAGCUGUUUCCCCUACUAGUAAUAAGGCCAGCCCAUUUGAUAGCAAGUCCCCAACUGAAGCAAGCAGUCUCACCAAGCCUUCAUCACCUGAGCCAGAGCCCCCAGUAGAAGGGAUGGAAGUGGAGCGUCCAGGAACCCCAGUUCCUGCUAUUGAAUUACCAGAGCCAAUGGAAAUUUCUGCACCACCUCCUCCUGCCCCUUCUGAAACCAAGCCCAGCGAAGCUGAUGCUUCUCAGUUGACCAAGAAAGGGAAGAAAAGGAAAACGGUCAGUUGGCCAGAAGAGAGCCGUCUCAGGGAAUACUUCUACUUUGAGCUGGAUGAAACUGAGAGAGUCAAUGUAAACAAAAUUAAAGACUUUGGUGAAGCAGCGAAACGGGAGAUGUUAAAGGACCGGCAAGCUUUCCAAAAUGCACGCCGUCAUAGUCAUGAUACUAUGGAGGAGGUCAUUCCAUGGGUUCUACCUCGACUUCUCAAUCUUCCUGGGGCUUUGGUGCAAAUGGGAAGUAACAGCACAGAAAAGCACGCUCAAGCUGAACGAGAAAUGGGUAUUCUCCAGGAGAUCUUUCUAUCUAAAGAGAGUGUUCCUGAUACACCACAUGAACCUGACCCUGAAUCGUAUGAACCAUCACCUCCAAAACUUAUACCUCUUGAUGAAGAUUGCUCCAUGGAUGAUGGUGUUUAUCCUGAAUCUAUGGACCAGAGCACUGAGUCUCAAUCUCCAGAUUUGAAUGGGGCAAAACUUCCACCUGUCCUUGCUAACCUAAUGGGCAGUAUGGGGAGUUCCAAAUCACCACCUAACACUUUGCCAGGAACUAUGCAGGAAAUUCUGACGUCCAUAAUGGGUGCCCAAGGUAAUGCUAAACCAGAGGACCUAAUGAAGCAGCCAGAUUUUUCUGAAAAAAUCAAACAUCUCCUAGGCUCUUUGCAGAAUCAAAAUCAGAACCAAGGUCCACCAGGGCCAGCUGGGCAAGGAUCACAGGGACCAGUUAAUAUUGGCUUCCCUCCUCCAUCUCAAAAAAAUCAUCAGCCGCCACCACCACAUCAUCAACCACCACCUCCACAUUAUCCUCCUCCAGGACCCAAUGGACCAUUCCAAGGACCACAUGGUCCUCCUGGCGGUCCACGCAUGAUGGGGCCACCUCCCCCACAACGAGAUGGUUAUUGGGAGCCCCCACCAAAUGAAAACAUGAGAGGAGGAAGCCACCAUGGAGGAGAAAGAGGAGGAAUGAGAGGAGGUGAUAGAGGGCCUCCACCCCCUCCUUUUCACAGAAAUCGAGGAGGUAGAGGGGGUGAACCAGGCUAUAGAGGAAGAGGUCGGGGAGGUGAAAGGGGACAUCCAGGAAGGAAUGGACCUUAUGGCAUGGGACAUGGAGAUCAUCGUGGACAUGAGGGGCACCGUGGUCAUGGAGGACAUGGAGAUCACCGGGGGCAUGGGCAUGGAGGAGACAUGUCUACCCGCCCAACUUGUCGACACUUUAUGAUGAAGGGCAACUGCCGUUAUGAGAACAACUGUGCCUUUUACCACCCUGGUAUAAAUGGGCCACCACUGCCAUAAACCUACAAUCUCGAUUUCCAAAGCAUAGGUGUUUUACAGGAACAAAAGCAAGCGGACAGCUUGAACAUUUUUUCAUAAAUAUAUUUUUCUAAUAUGGCUUCUGUGAGGCCUACUACUUUCCCUCAUUUACCAGCUUUUGGAGGGUAAGGGCAAAUGGACAUUAUUGUAGCCCAGUGAAUGAACACUUGCACGUGCGAAUUGUUUGCUAUUGGGCCUGGGCAAACUUGUGUUAUUUAUUCCGUUCGCAAUGGCUUGUUUUGGGAUAAAUGCAUAAAACGUUUUUCUUGGUGAACUUAAAAUGUAACAUUUCAAAAGGCUUGAGCUACUUGGGAUUAUCUAUUUCUCAUUUUUUUUUUUACUUGACACUCCCAAGUGUUUUUGUCUUCUUUCUAAUGUCUGUAAUGUCAUUUAUGCAAAUAUCUGUUGAAAAGUGCUCCCUUACCCAUUGCUAUAAUGCCACCAUAACAUUUGUAAAUACAACUGUGUAAAAUAUUUUACAAUCCGUUAAAUGCCACCCUCUUUAACCAUUUUUGAUCCAGUUUACAAGCUGGGUUUAUUAAGAAUAACUGCUUAGUACUUUAAAACAGAUCUUUUUUUUUUUUUUUUCUGCCAAGCAAAUUUCUGGUUCCCUUUUUGCUGCUCUUCUGAAACACUACAUCUCUAUUGUAUCCCAAAAUUAAAACUUUGCUAAUGCCAAAUCAUAUUAACAGUACAAAGCUACACUGUAAAAUAUUGUUCACUGUUAAAGAUAAAAGGGUUUUUUGUAAGAGUGCUGGGUUAUCACUAAGAUAAUGAACAUGCCAACCUGUGGAUCUAUACUGUAACUACAGAAAGUCACUGUUAAUCAGUAAAUAUUUAAAUUCUUUGCAAAACCAAUGCACAUUUGAUUGCUGACCUGCAUAAAAAUACAGUAUUAGAGUAAUCUCAGCUAUGUAAAUGCCUUGGACCCAUACAAACCCAUGGUAGGAAACAGCUGUGAUUCUUAUCUGAAAAUGUUUUCUAUGAAAACUGACCCAGAAUAUGUUGUUUGUAUUUGUUUUUCUUUUUUUUUUUUAAUAUUUUUUCUUUUUUGGAUCCCCUAAUGGAUUCUUAUUUUCUUUUUGUAUACUUUGUAAGUGAGAAAUAAAUUCAAUUAUAAGGGGUA